CAGUAACGACAACGUCGACUCGGAAAAAGGUGAGUCACUCGGCCGCGUCGCGUGUGUGUAUACCUGCGCAGGUUGCCCGGCGAGCGACAGCGGCAGCGGCGGCGGAACACCCGCCGCCCGGUGGGGGAGUACCGAGCGUAGCGGUCGUGGUGUGUAUGCACACGCGAAAACAUUCCUCUACAACUGCUACGCCGCUGUCGCCGCCGCUCGUACCGCACGACGAUAUAGUAUUAAUAAUAAUAAUAUUAUGGUUCGACGGGCCUUUGGCGGGUUCCAUCCGACGACAGGUUACCUCCACGGCACCGCGGUACCGCAGCCUCCGUCAUUGACUGGAGCAGCCGUAGAACGUUAGUGAUAUUUAAUUGGAUUGCAGUCGUAGUCGUUGCCAUGGCGGGCUUGUCGCUAAGGAAGCCGUGCGGCGAGAAGGAGUGCCCCGAGUACCACAUGUGCCAGGCCCACGAUCUCCAGUGCUACCCGUGCCAUUCGUACUGCAACGAGACUUCGCACAAUUUCGACGUCAAAAUAUGCCAACAACAGUGUCAAGAUUACAUACACGACUAUGUGAAGCAUUACGUCAAGGAUAGUAACAUCCAAGAUGUGCUACAAGAGUUGGAGACCCUGAAAACGUUGAUAAUUUGGCUGACGCUGUUGGUGGUCGUCGCGAUCGUCUUGAUGUCCGUCAUGUUGGCGUUCGUAUGGAAACGCGAGAGGAAGAUACCGAAGCUCAAGAACGGAGGGAAGGAUUCGUAUUUCAAAAAAAAAUUGGCUUUCUUAAAGUUCAGGAACAACACGGUUAACACGGUGAGCGAGACGGUGGACAACAAACCAUGGACGGUGGCGGCGGCGGCGACGUCUAUGAUGGCCGCGCACACGACGACGGACGCCCCGAAGACGUCGUCCGCAAGCUCGUCGUCCGGCCACCGGACCAGCCGCACGACCGUCUCGUCGUCGUCCACGUCGUCGACCGACAAGCUGCCCUGCGAGGACGCCACGCUCGUGACACAGGAGUUCACCGGCUACGACAACCUGGGGCUGUGCAAAGUGUCGCCCGUGCUGAGCAAACCGACGGCCACGGCCACGAUGAAGAUGUACGGCGCGACCGACGUGGACCUGCUCCACCGGUACUCCCCCGUAGCCCCGGCCCGCAGCUCCGGCCUACCGCAAGUCACCGUCGUCGCCGAUACGAUGACGCCGUCGGAUUGGGAAAUGUUCGACGGAACGACGGCCACAUGAUGGUCGAAGAAACGAAAUGCCGCGGGGUACAACACCCCCGUGCCACCGAUAAUAUUAUAAUAUACCAGCCAAGGUUUGUAGACAAUAAUAUUAUCUUUUAAAUAUUAUUAUCUACCGUCCUUGACUUCCGGCCAUGUUUUUGUUGUUGCUGGUUGUGUUACACCGUGUCCCACGUAAACGCGACGGGUGCCAACGAUUUCUAUUCGAAAUGCGAUGAAAUACAAGCCCGUCACGUUCACAUUCGUCGCGUUUACGUGUCGGGCACGGCGUCAUUCCGCCACGCGUACGAUAUUUCGGCGGUGUAAGGUUCAGCGGAAACUCAUCGAAGAAACGUGACCCAUAUACAUCGCAGGACUUGAUCAUAUUUAGAGACUUCAUUGGAUUUCGCUCACAUAAAUGCAUUUUUUUUUUUUUUUUUUAGAGAGAGAGAGACAGUGAGAAAGAUGUAGCGUUUAGACCUCUGCUUAGCGGUGUGAGAGACUCCAAAAAUCGAUAGGGUAGUAAUUUUGAAAAUCUCGUUUUUGUGUACAAUAUUUUUAUAUCGAUACAAAGUUUUGGCGUAAUCAGCUCACACGCGCACAUAAUGUGUAUAACGCGUUAAUUGUAGUUUUUUCGUGUUUAUUAUCAUUCGUUCAACUGUUAUGUUAUUAUGUUGUUUUUUUUUUUAAACGAACUGCGCACAGUAUUAUCGACGACGCGCGUAUCGCGGUCCAAGUACUUAUAUUAUAAAUGUUCCCGUUGCCGUUAGUUUUUUUUUUUUCAAACUUUCUUCCUUCAAUAAUACGUAUAGGAAGUAGAUAUAAGUAUUAUAUUUUGUAACCAUAUAUACCAUAUUAUUAUGUUAUGACUUUGUUGUAGAUACUUAGGAGUUAGGGUAUACAGGUAGAUAGAUAAAUGAUAUUAUAAUAAUGUAAAACGCGCGUGGUAAGCGCGUUAGCGAUUAGUGUAUAAGUUAGUUUUAGCGUGCUAUGAGGAGGAUGAAAUAAACCUUUGAUCAGUGAACCCCGUCCAAUAAACUUUACAGUUUUUAGAUAACUUUACGCCGCGCUCGUCCACGUCUAUAUACGUAUUUAUAUGUAUAUGGACGCACUGUCGGCGUAAAGUUGUAGUUUGUCGUCAAACGCAUUUCGUUUGACGUUGUACAUAAAUAACUCUUAUAAACGUUUUUUUAUGAUAUAAAAAAAUCAUUUUUUUUUUUUUUAAAUAUUAUGUUUAAUAAUACCUACAUUUCGUGUUGUACAGUAGAAUAUAAUAUACAUUAUGAAAUAGAACCUUUGAGUAUAAUAAUUAAUAGGGGGGGGGGAGUGGCCGAGUGGCAGACAACAGCUGUCUGAUCGCCCAAUCGGCGGGCAUGGCAGAAACCUACGGGCGCCCAAACGGAAAAUCUGGCAAAUAUAGGCCCUCGGGGGCUACUCCUGCCCAUUUAGCGAAAAAAAAAAAUAAAUAAUAAAUAUAUUGCAAGUAUAUGCAACCUAAAUGUAUAUUUUACGUUACAUUAAUAUACUCAACGGUAGAGCGUUUAAUGUUGUUUAAACUUUGCGAGACUUUGAAUAAUAUAUUAUAUUAUGUAUAAUUUUAGUUUCCACAGCACAGAUGAGCGUUGUUGAAAUUUGUGUAUUUAUAAUAUCAUAGAUAUGCAUUACCUGUAUUAGUAUUACAAUACAUAUUAUAGUGGUUAAGUUGAUAUUUUAUCGUAGGCACGUACUAUAUCGUUUAAAACCGAGACAAUCAUAUCAUAUUAUACUUAAGUAGAGAUAUAUUAUUGUUAGGCGUGGAUUAUUAUCUGUUGUAGGUUAACCUAGAUAGAUACUCGUAUCUCGUAUAAUAUAUUUGAGUAAUGUUAUACCGUAGAAACAAACUUGAUUAGAAUAUAUUAUAAAUAUAAUGUUUGUAAAAAAACAUGUUCAACACAUUAUUUAUUAUUAUAGAAUAUAUGUUUAACUUUGUUGUGGAUGUACAACGGUUUGCGGUUGUCGUGCAAAGUGUAUCGAAAAGCAAUAAUUACAUUUAAGCAUAUUCUGUAAGUACGUGUAUGACGUAUUUUUUUUUAAAAUUUUUUUUUCUCCUUGCGGCACCCGAGUCGGUGUCUAUUUUUACAUGUCUCAUUAUAUUACCAUAUAAGUGUAUCGUUGUAUUACGACAGAACAAUCUGUUCCUAUUUAUUUCAUUUUUGUACGAAAAAAAUUAUCACGUGAUGAGAAAAAAAUUAUAUUAUGUUGCAUAUUUAUAAA